GCGGCCGGCGCGCACCGGAAGAGGCGUCGGGCGGGCCGGAAGCGGGCCGGGGGCGCGGGCGGCGAGAUGAAGCCGGCGGUGGACGAGAUGUUCCCCGAGGGCGCCGGGCCCUACGUGGACCUGGACGAGGCAGGAGGUAGCACCGGGCUCCUGAUGGACUUGGCAGCCAACGAGAAGGCGGUUCACGCAGACUUUUUCAAUGAUUUUGAAGAUCUGUUUGAUGAUGAUGACAUCCAGUGAGACGCCGUCCAGGGGUGCGUGUGCGCGUGUGCUCACGCCUGCACUGUACUGCACUGUACUGUGGUGGAGCUCCGCAGAGGACAAUUUCAGAUGGCUCUAAAGAGCUUGUGGACAUUACUCGAAAUUAGGAGGUGGUUAUCAAGAAAGAGGAGGAUGGUUUUAAAUAUCUGCAUGAGGCCCGCUAAUCUCUGAAUGUGACCAACUUUUGUCCUUCAAUUAAAAGAAAAAGUGAUGCCGUCA